AUGACUUGUAAUCUAGUAAUCGCAAUUGAUAUCGACGAGACAAAAUUACAGUGUGCCAGAAACAACGCUCAAAUCUACGGAGUCGAGGAUCGAAUAGAAUUUAUUCACGGUGAUUAUUUGAAGUUGAUUCCAAAGUUGAAGGCUGAUGUCGUGUUCUUGAGUCCACCAUGGGGAGGACCUUCAUAUUUGAAUACCGAAAAAUAUGACAUAAAAACAAUGAUGCCACUGGACGGCGAAAAAAUAUUUCGGGAAUCCAAAAAAAUCACGAAAAAUAUCGCUUAUUACUUACCUCGUAAUGUGGACAUGAAUCAACUCGGAGAACUCGCUGGUCCUGGAAACACCUGCGAAUCGCAAAAUAUCUACAUCAAUGAUUUUCUAAAAGCGCGAGUUGUACUCUUUGGCGAUUUGCAGAAUGUUUGA